GAAUUUCAUAAGAUGAGUGCCGACAAGUUAAAUUCUUGGUUUUCUGAUUCGCCUUUAUUGAAACAUUCGCCUAAUCUAUUUAAUAAAGAUAAUUCUCUUACUAAAGAAUUUGAUAUUGAAGCUGAAGAUUUGGUGAUCGUGCACAAACGAAAGCAGCUAUUUACGAUAUCACCAUUAGAUUAUAACUUUCUUUGGGUUGAAUCAUUUCCUUUAUUUACUCGUGAUAAUGAAACUGGACGGUUGUCUUCAACGCAUCAUCCGUUCACAGCACCUAUUCCCGAAGACGUUAAAUUACUUUUCAAAGAUCCUGAACAGGUUAAAGGACAGCAUUAUGAUUUAGUUUUAAAUGGAAUAGAAAUUGGAGGUGGAUCCAUAAGAAUUCAUUCAGCAAAAUUACAAUCUAUGAUAUUUAAUGAAAUAUUAAAGUUAAGUGACGAAGAAGCAAAGAGAUUUAAUCACUUGAUAAAAGCACUUGAACAUGGAUGCCCUCCCCACGGUGGAAUUGCAUUGGGAUUUGAUAGGUUAUUGGCAACAAUAUGUGGAACAAAAUCCAUUAAAGAUGUUAUGGCUUUUCCAAAAGCCGCUUCUGGUAGUGAUCUGACGGUAUCCUGUCCUUCUGAAAUUUCUGAAGAAAGAAUGAAAGAAUAUGGGAUUCAAAUAAUAUAA